CUCCCGCAGCGUGAACCCGGGUGUCCACGGCGCCCAGCUUUUUAGCUCGCGUCCCCAGGCCGGCGGGGGGGGAGGGGAAGAGAGGGGACCCCGGGAACCCCGCCCCCCCCCACCCGGCCGCCCCGUCCCCCGGGACCCGGAGAAAAUGUCUUCGCGGACGGCGCUGGCCCCGGGCAACGAUCGGAACUCGGACACGCAUGGCACCCUGGGCAGUGGCCGCUCCUCGGACAAAGGGCCAUCCUGGUCCAGCCGCUCCCUGGGUGCCCGCUGCCGGAACUCCAUCGCCUCCUGUCCCGAGGAGCAGCCCCACGUGGGUAACUACCGUCUGCUGAGGACCAUCGGGAAGGGUAACUUCGCCAAAGUCAAGCUGGCCCGGCACAUCCUCACGGGCCGGGAGGUUGCUAUCAAGAUCAUCGACAAAACCCAACUAAAUCCCAGCAGCCUGCAGAAGCUGUUCCGAGAAGUUCGUAUCAUGAAAGGCCUAAACCACCCCAACAUCGUGAAGCUCUUUGAGGUGAUCGAGACCGAGAAGACGCUGUACCUGGUGAUGGAAUAUGCAAGUGCCGGAGAAGUGUUUGACUACCUCGUGUCACAUGGCCGCAUGAAGGAGAAGGAAGCUCGAGCCAAGUUUCGACAGAUUGUGUCGGCCGUACACUAUUGUCACCAGAAAAACAUUGUGCACAGAGACCUAAAGGCUGAGAACCUCCUCCUGGAUGCCGAAGCCAACAUCAAGAUUGCUGACUUCGGCUUCAGCAAUGAGUUCACGCUGGGCUCGAAGCUGGACACGUUCUGUGGGAGUCCCCCGUACGCCGCCCCGGAGCUGUUCCAGGGAAAGAAGUAUGACGGGCCAGAGGUGGACAUCUGGAGCCUCGGCGUCAUCCUGUACACCCUCGUCAGCGGCUCCCUGCCCUUCGAUGGGCACAACCUCAAGGAGCUGCGGGAGAGAGUCCUCAGAGGGAAGUACCGGGUCCCUUUCUACAUGUCAACGGACUGCGAGAGCAUCCUGCGGAGAUUCCUGGUGCUGAACCCAGCUAAACGCUGCACUCUCGAGCAAAUCAUGAAAGACAAAUGGAUCAACAUCGGCUAUGAGGGCGAGGAGCUGAAGCCAUACACAGAGCCUGAGGAAGACUUCGGGGACACUAAGCGAAUAGAGGUGAUGGUGGGUAUGGGCUACACGCGGGAAGAAAUCAAAGAGGCCUUGACCAGCCAGAAGUAUAACGAAGUGACCGCCACCUACCUCCUGCUGGGCAGGAAGACUGAGGAGGGUGGGGAUCGGGGCGCCCCUGGGCUGGCCCUGGCACGGGUGCGGGCGCCCAGCGACACCACCAAUGGAACAAGCUCCAGCAAAGGCACCAGCCACAGCAAAGGGCAGCGGAGUUCUUCCUCCACCUACCACCGCCAGCGCAGGCACAGCGACUUCUGUGGCCCCUCCCCUGCACCCCUGCAUCCCAAGCGCAGCCCGACCAGCACAGGGGAGACGGAGCUGAAGGAGGAGCGCCUGCCAAGCCGGAAGGCGAGCUGCAGUGCUGCUGGAAGUGGGAGCCGAGGGCUGCCCCCCUCAAGCCCCAUGGUCAGCAGCGCCCACAACCCCAACAAGGCAGAGAUCCCGGAGCGGCGGAAGGACAGCACGAGCGCGCCUAACAGCCUCCCGCCCAGCAUGAUGACCCGCAGGAACACUUACGUCUGCACAGAACGCCCAGGGGCUGAGCGCCCAUCCCUGUUGCCAAAUGGCAAAGAAAACAGCUCGGGUACCCCACGGGUACCCCCCGCCUCCCCCUCCAGCCACAGCCUGGCACCCCCAUCAGGGGAGCGGAGCCGCCUGGCCCGCGGCUCCACCAUCCGCAGCACCUUCCAUGGUGGUCAGGUCCGGGACCGGCGGGCAGGGAGCGGGGGAGGCGGGGCUGUACAGAACGGGCCCCCUGCCUCUCCCACACUGGCCCACGAGGCCACACCCCUGCCCGCCGGGAGACCCCGCCCCACCACCAACCUCUUCACCAAGCUGACCUCCAAACUGACCCGAAGGGUUACCCUCGAUCCCUCUAAACGGCAGAACUCUAACCGCUGCGUUUCGGGCGCCUCUCUGCCCCAGGGAUCCAAGAUCAGGUCGCAGACGAACCUGAGAGAAUCGGGGGACCUGAGGUCACAAGUUGCCAUCUACCUUGGGAUCAAGCGGAAACCGCCCCCCGGCUGCUCCGAUUCCCCUGGAGUGUGAAACUGACCAGCUCGCGCCCUCCCGAGGCCCUGAUGGCAGCUCUGCGCCAGGCCACGGCAGCCGCCCGCUGCCGCUGCCGCCAGCCACAGCCGUUCCUGCUGGCCUGCCUGCACGGGGGUGCGGGCGGGCCCGAGCCCCUGUCCCACUUCGAAGUGGAGGUCUGCCAGCUGCCCCGGCCCGGCCUGCGGGGCGUUCUGUUCCGCCGCGUGGCGGGCACCGCCCUGGCCUUCCGCACCCUCGUCACCCGCAUCUCCAAUGACCUCGAGCUCUGAGCCACCACGCCCGGGCCCCUUCUCUGCCUCGUUCUUGUCUCCUUCGCUUCUAAGGGCGGGAAAGGGGUCAGGGAAGGGAUCUCUUUGUCAUCACUUCAGUUUUCCUGAAUUCGAUUUGGGGGCAGAGAGCAUCCCUCGGCUGUCCUCCGGGAUCACUGGGCAUGAGAGAAGAGUUCGGGGGCUCAGCAGGAGGAGCUGGCACCUUCCUGGAGCCUCCAGCCUGUCCUGUCCCCCCUCGUCCGACCAUGGCGCACCUGAGGAGACUUUGGGGACCGGGCGGAGCAGAAAGGGAAACUCUUCUGUACCUCCCAGCACCUCAAGAACUAAGCCUUGAGCCUGGGCAGGAAGAGCUGCUGAGCCUAAAGACUGGAGAAUGGGGGGGGAGGGGAGUGGGGGGGCAGAGAGGCAGAUUCCUUUCCCUCCACUUCCUUCAUGCUCGAACUCCCCUUCCUGCCCCAGGCUGGCGCGGGCCACUUUGUACAAACCCCUGUGAAUACCCCACUCCUGCCCCUCCGCAGAGAUCUCCCGAGGAGCUGCCGCUGUCACCUCCGGUUUUUAAGUUAUUACACCCCACCCUCCUGUCGGCCUCCCACUCCUCACAGCCUGUUGCCCAAUAAACUUAGGAGAGUCCCUCCCCACCCCCACGCUGCCCCUGGGGUUCCUUCCCUGCCCUCACCUGCCGUAAGACACAGGAGGUGUGUGGGCUGGGCCAGUGGCCUCUCCUUUCUGAGCCUCGGUUUCCUCACCUGCAGAAUGGGAGCGGUGGGGGUGUGAGGGUCAGGAUGACUGGGAGAGGGCAGCAGGACAGUACUCGGCCUCAUCCCCGAGGCCCCCAGUUCCGAUCUCAGACGCCCCCCCCCAUUCAUCCAAUCACAAGCCCGCCCACAUGUUAUACUGGACUCUAAGCCACUUCUUACUCCAGUAGUACAUUUAUUCAAUAAACAGUCAUUGACCGGUG